ACAAAAGAAACUGAACGACAUGACAAGUGCGUCUUUCCUCCAAGUUACUUAGGAAUGAUUAACUAAUUCCGCAAAGCAUGGUGUUCAAUGUGGUACUGUUCUUAGCACUGGGCGUGGGCAGUUACUGCGAUGAGGACUUUUUUGAAACGUAUAUCGACGAGCCAACUAUGAGCGGUAAUAACCGGAACGCUCUUCGACUAAGCGCGUACAAAUGGCCCAACGGUACCGUCCCGUAUCAAUUCGAAGACAGCUGUGACCAGCAGUACCGAUCGACCGUGCUGGAUGCGAUGAGUGUGCUGGAGCAAGCUAGUUGUGUUUUGUUCAUUCCGAAAACCGAAGACCAGCGGGAACAUAUUCGGUUUACCAAGGCCGAGCUAGGUUGCGGUUCUUCGAUCGGAUACCGACCGGGCCAGCGAGAGCCCUUGGACGUAGUGCUGGAUGAUUUUUGCCUCGGUCUAUCCGGGGCUGUGCAGCACGAGUUGCUGCACGUGCUCGGACUAUUCCACGAACAUACCCGACCGGAUCGGGAUGAGUACGUGGAGGUGUUGUGGGAUAAUAUUGAACCAGAAUUUCGACAGAACUUCGUCAAGGGCUCCUACGAUUACAUGGAGACGUUCGAUUUACCGUAUGACUACCGGAGCGUGAUGCACUAUCCGACGUUUGCCUUUGCGCGCUCGGGUACAGACGUAACGAUGGUUUCUCGACAGAAUCGCAGCGCUGAACUAGGACAAACCGAAGCCGCCAGUGUGCUGGAUUUGGAGAAACUUAGACGAAUGUACGCUUGUUGAGGAGCGUGUUUGUUAUGGUUGUUGUGACAUUAUCGCAGGGUAACAAUAGUAGAAAGGGUUGUUAUAUAUCAAAGGAACAUUUUUUCAGUGAUAACCUUAGGGUAGUACGCUUUGUAUUGAUUAUAACGAAUAACCAAAAAAUAUUUGAGUAUGUAUAUUAAUAUAUACGUGAUUGAUCAGUUCAUGAUAA